CUGCGAGCACUGGUGGCUGUGUCUGAGCGUUGUCUGAAUGCUCCAAUACGCCGUCACGAACGUCUCUCCUGAUGGCUCGACACCGUCUUUGGCAGAUCUGAGCCGCCGGGCGUCAGUUAUCUCGACCUCAAGCUCUGACACUGGUCAUGUAUCCACCGCGCCCACAACAUCACGUCCAAGGCCCAUACGUACCUUCUCCCCACCCAGGUCUGCUAGUCCCCUACCACCCACACCCAGGGCGUCCCGACCACCGUCAUAUCUUACACGCAACCUGGCCCUGUCUGCUGAUCCACCAGAGUCAAAGAUGAGCUCUAGGUCAACGUCGAGAGCCCCCUCAAAGUCACGCGGUCCGACGAUAGAGGACUUUAAUGUCGGCGAAACACUCGGCGAGGGCUCGUACUCUACGGUGCUCCUCGCCACUUAUCUACGUACUGGCCAAAAAUACGCUAUUAAAACAUUAGACAAAAACUAUUUAAUCAGGAAGCAGAAGAUGGCGACCGCUCUGACAGAGAAGAACGCUCUCUUGCGGCUGGGUUCCGGACACCCUGGCCUUGUUCGCUUGCAUUUUGCCUUCCAAGACGAAUGGAGUUUAUAUUUUGUUAUCGACUUGGCAACCAAUGGAGAGCUACAGACGUUGAUAUCACGCAUGGGCUCACUCAGUACUCGCUGCAGCAGGUAUUAUGCAGCACAGAUCAUCGAUGCCAUCCAUUUCAUGCACGACAAGGGCGUCAUACACCGAGAUCUGAAGCCAGAGAACGUUCUCAUCGACGAAGCUUUCCGCAUCAAAAUAACCGAUUUCGGAACCGCAAAGAUACAGGACAGUGGAUUGGAGGCAGAGAGAUUCGUCGGAACUGCCCAAUACAUCGCCCCGGAGCUGGUGUCUUCAAAUGAAACGAGCAGAAGUUCUGACAUCUGGGCCUUUGGCUGCAUAGUCUACCAAAUGAUAGCUGGUCGAUUCGCAUUUUCUGGAUUGUCCGAAUAUUUGACGAUGCAGAAAGUAAAGAAAAUGGAAUACUCCUUCCCCGAGGGGUUUGAUCAACAGGGAAAAGAUCUAGUCCAGAAGCUGUUGGUCCGCGAUCCUCAGCAGAGGUUAGGCGCUGUGACCGAAGGGUCAGAUAACGAUAUGAAGGCACUCUACUCUCACCCCUUCUUUACUUCCAUCAACUGGAAAACUUUAUGGACAGAUCCUGCACCUCCCCUAGAAUCUGGUCUCGUCAAGAAGGAGCACCCGCUUUCUCAAGGUGAAGACAAAAACUGGGAAGAUGUCGGUGCCUCUUGGGACGAAAUUGCGAGCAGUAGCAAAGACGAUGGCAUACCAUGGGCCGCUGAAGGCAAACUAUCGCCUAUUAUCCGUCAUCGUGCAUUCGAUGCCGAACCUCAGCAAGUCGCCAUCGAACGUAGUGGCCAGAUACUACCAGCCAAACUUUCAGAUAUGCAGCUUGACCUACGCAGCUCCGACACACCUGAGCCCAAGCUGCCCAGUCCUCCAGAUACGCCCACCGCUGUCAAGACACCACCACCUAUCAAUGUAUCAUCACGACCUCAGGAUAAUAACGAUCCAUUGUGCGCUUCUCCAGAAAGCUCGUCGGACGGCAGUCCAGUUGGUACACUUGUUGGAGCGCUUAGGUUAAUGCGACCUUUACCCUUGGGCCCUGACUCCUUCAUAGAGCAGCCAGACAUCCUGCUGGAAGUUGAACGAGGGCGAAAGCAGGCUAUGACUCCGGUCCAGGGGAAUGGACCGCCCGUAGAUUUGUCCUCCAGCAGAUUGCUUUUGAAUCUUCCCCCGACCGAACCAGUGAUAUUUACUUCAACGGUACAAGCGAUAUCCGCUAGACGGCGGGCGAGCAGGAUUUUUCGCCCACUUGCGGUCUCCCCAACAAAAUUAAAGACGCAACAGUUGGUUCUCACCAGUCGACGAGUCUUUGUCUUGAAGUAUCCGCUCAAGUCCCCAGAAGAUGUUACUGUCAAGGCGGAAUAUCUUUUGCGGAGUGAUAAUGCAACAAAGGAUAAGGAGAGAGUAUUAUCAACGGUGGAGCCCAAAGGCGAACGAGAAUUUGUUUUGCUAACUCCCUCGAAGAACGUAACAUAUAUGGCUGAAGAUCGGGACUUGGCGGCGACAUGGGUCCGCAAAAUUAAUGAAAGACUCUCCCAACCAAUUAAUACACGGACGUGAAGCUGAUAAAAUCCAUAUUAAUAGUGAUACCUUGGACCUUCAUAUACACAUCUCACUGCAUUUUUGGUUUUUAAUCAUCCGGACAAGUGCUCGUACCACGUUUUAUUACAUCUUAAUAGUUGUAUAAAUUGCCGUAUUUUUAUUGAGACAGGGACUCUGGGUUAUGUUGAAGAUAUUUGUUUUUAGCCCGGUGGCAAAAGACUUGCAUCCACAGCAUGGCCGGUUGACUCUGACAUGUCUUCCUCAGAUGCAUUGUCAAUAGGUGUACGGGGCAUGGCCCAGUACGAGCUGCUUCGAGCACACCAAAAGGCUUGAUUAGCUUCAAGAAUGCCUCGACGCGAUUCGUCUUUGCUGUGAGCUCGACGAUCACGCUGUUAGUGCUAACAUCGACAAUCUUUGCGCCGAAUUGAGAGGCCAA